AUGUUCUCCGUGCAACCUUUCGUCCGCACGCGGCGGCUCGUACGGCUAAAACCCGCCGAUGCGGUCCAUAACAACAACCAUGCCCGCCGCACCUACGCGACUCCACCUCCGCGCCGCCCGCAGCCGCCGCAUCUCUCCAAUCUCCACCGCCCACGCCUCCCGCCGCCAUCGACCCAGCAGCGGCAACAGCAGCCGCCACAGCAAAGCCGCCCCCUGCACCUCGCGCCGCCCUUCCUCCUCGACGACUACAUCCCGCGGUACCUGCUGCUCGACGAGCGGCGCGCCGCGCGCAAGCGGGCCGCCGCCUACGCGCACCUACGCAACUGCAACCUGUGCCCACGCAAGUGCAGCGUGAACCGGUACGAAACGACCGGCGUCUGCCUGAUCGGCGCACUCACCGUCAAAGUCAACACGAUCGCGCCGCACUUUGGCGAGGAGCCGUGCCUGCAGGGGCACAACGGGAGCGGCUCGGUCUUCUUCAGCGGGUGCAACCUGCGCUGCGUCUUCUGCCAGAACCACGACAUCGCGCACCAGCGGAACGGGUUCGACCUCACGCCGGAAGAGUUGGCGGAGUGGUUUCUCAAGCUGCAGACGGUGGGGCGGUGCCAUAAUGUGAAUUUGGUGACGCCGGAGCAUGUCGUGCCCCAGGUCGUGCUGGCGAUUCUAGCGGCGAGGGAGAUGGGGUUGCGGAUUCCGAUUGUGUAUAAUACGAGUGCGUUUGAUAGUCCGGAGAGUAUUGAGUUGUUGGAUGGGCUGGUCGAUAUCUAUUUGCCGGAUUUUAAGGUCUGGAAGGGAAGUACGAGUAGGCGGCUGUUGAAGGCGGAUGGCUACACCGAGGCCGCGAUGGAGAGCGUCAAGCUGAUGCAUCGGCAGGUCGGCGACUUGUGCUUCACGGCUGAUGGCAUUGCGAAGUCGGGGGUGCUGGUGAGGCAUCUGGUCAUGCCGGGGAAGGAGGAUGAGGGCGUGGAGAUUAUGAAGUGGUUGGCUGAGAAUGUGUCGAAGGACUUGUUCGUUCAUGUCAUGGAGCAGUAUUUUCCCCGGGCACAUGUCGGGAAGAAGAAGAGAGGUGGAAAGCAGAAGAAGGAAGGAGAGGCUGAUGAUGAGGUCACGGAGCCUGGAGGUGUGAAGGCGGAUGAGAAAAGAAGUGAGACCGUGAGGUAUCAGGAUAUCAACCGGCCGGUGAAGGAUGAGGAGGUAUCAAUCGUCAAGAAGGCUGCUAGGGAAGCAGGUCUGUGGCGUUUUGUGGAAGCUGCCGAGCAUGAACUCGAUGCGUAUGAGAAGGCCCGCUUCAUAUGUCCGCCGUUCAUCCUCAACACUCAACACGGACUGCUCGUCCUCAACUAA